CCGGCGCUCCUCUCCCGGUGCCUGCGCCACCAGUCCCCCCCGUUGUCCGAAUCACCUCUCGCUCACCGCCGACUGUCUCCCCCUCUUCGCCACGAUGAACGCCGCCACCCUCAACGUCGUCCGCCGCUACGCCACCCAGGCCUCCGUUCAGGUCCCCCUGCGCCUGUUCAGCCUGGAGGGUCGCUACGCCACCGCUUUCUACACCGCCUCGGUCAAGUCCAACACCCUGCCCAAGGUUGAGGAGGACAUCAAGUCCCUCAAGUCUGCCCUGUCCACCGACAAGCACCUCAGCACCUUCUUCGCUUCCCCCCUCUACUCCACCAAGCUCAAGGUUGAGGGUGCCAAGGAUGUUGCUUCCAAGCUCAAGGUCCAGCCCCAGACCGCCAACCUGCUGACCGUCAUGGCCGAGAACGGUCGUCUGUCCGACAUGUCCAAGGUCAUCGGCGCCUUCGAGGAGAUCAUGGCCGCCCACCGCAACGAGGUCGAGGUUGUCAUCACCUCCGCCCAUGAGCUCGACGCCAAGGUCCGCGCUCAGAUCGAGGCCAUCGUCAAGAAGAAGUUCAUCCAGCCCAAGCAGACCAUCCGCCUGGUGACCGAGAUCAACCCCUCCAUCCUCGGUGGCUUCGUCGUCCGUGUUGGCGAGUCCUCUGUCGAUCUGUCCGUCUCCAGCCAGGUCAACAAGAUCCACAACGCCCUCUCCCAGCCCCUCUAAAUGAGUCGGCCCGCGGGGGCGAGUGAGUGGCAGGGGGCGCGGGUGGGCGUGGCUGACCGGGGGGGACGCAUACGCUGCCUUUCCCGUCGCCCUUCGGCCCCUCCCCCCUCCCUCCAUCUCUCUCUCUCUCCCUGCCUGCCUGCGCACGCACGAACACACACACACAAACACACAUCCCCCCUUCCCUCUCCCCCAAGCACGCGUGCGCGCACUUCUCUCUCCCCCACCAUGCUCUCUGUGUAUUUUGUCCCCCCCCCUCCCGGCCGCCGCAGCCGCGCCGCCGGGGGGUGGAGGGCGCCACCGCUCCCCAAAUAGAGACAGUUGUCCGAGAGAUGGCGUCCACUCUUUCC